AUGUCAUCAGAGCUUGAAUUAUUAAGACAGCGCAUUAGCGAGCUUGAGAUUAAGAACACCAAGCUUGAGGCUGAGAAGGCUGAACUUUUAAAGCAGGUUAUGGAGAAAGAUGCUAAGCGUGAUGCUGAGAAUACUGAACUCAAAUCUAAAGUCGGGGAGCUUGAGGCCAGACUCUUGAUGUUGGAACAUGGGGUUACUGAAGCAACUGAACGGUUGGAGAACGAUAAGGAAACGAUGGCAGAGGUAUCAGCUGUUGAUGUACCCGACUCCGUAAUAGACCAGCAAAAUGAUACCAACACCGAGUCAAUGGAAGAGCUACCUGAGAUACCAGAUAAGGUAAUGGAUGAUUUUAUUCUUGAAGAAUCUAUCAACAUGCCUGAUUCAGUUAUAGCUGAUGGAUGUUUACCUGUAGUAAACUACGACCCCGCUCAGCCCAAACAGUGUAAGCCCCCACACAUCGAAGAGGUGACCACUAAAGUGAAUCCAGAUCAAGGGAGGUCGUUAGAGGAUAGGAAAACGGAUGUUUUCUUGGACGAGGUGCAUAAGAAAAAGGUUAGUGAUGAGAUUAGGCAGAGGAAGCGGGAGAAAAAGCUUGAAGAACAUAAUUUGUUACCAGAGGCAACUUCCCAGAAGAAAUCAGAUUCAGAGCAAACGGCUAUCAAUCGGAAGGGAUUGCAAAGUAGCCAGACCCCCUAUAAUCAAAUAGUAGAGCGAGACUUGAGGGAAGAACUAUCCUCUUACAGUAAAGGCAGUGGUGGUAAGAUUAAUAAGGCGUUCGAUAUUCGGAUUCCCGAUCUCUCUUUAGAGGCAGUUCUUACGGGGUCUAGUGAAGUUACGGCGCAAAAUAUAGUUGAUCUGUUUAGGAUAGCAAUCAAAGUUAGACAAAAGGAGAUUUUAUGCUGGUAUUGCUUCUAUAAAGCAUACGAAAAUCGAGUCAGGGAUAUCAAGUCCGUAAAAAAUAUCAAUGAGCAAUCGGCAAGGACAUUGGUAUACAGCGAGAUCAAAGCCCUUCUCCCCGAUAUUACUGAUGUAAACUUGCGCCAGAAAAAAUUUAGAGCUAAAAGAAUUUACUUGCUAUUUACAGGCAUAGGAAUAGAUAAAAUCCAAGUAGUUACUUCUAGCGCAAGUGCGGUUUCGGGUUUGUCUGAUAACCAGAUCGAGGGUAUUAUAAAUGAUUUUCCAAAAAAGGCUGAUGAGAUGGUCGGCGUUACAAAUUGUAACGCGCACGUGACUGAAUCUUCUGAGGUAAGCGUCCCAACCAUACCUAAUCUUUCAACCCAUGUCUCUAAUUCUUCUGAUAAUUCCAAGGAAGAGGCGUGGUUUGAUGAAGAUAUGUUUUUCAAUGAGGCGAAUCCCACUAAAGUGAACAUCACCACUUCAGACGAUGAUGACUCCAAUUCUAGCGAUUCUGAAGAAGAGAUACCGGAUGAUGAUGGAUAUGAUGGAUAUGGCGGAUAUAAUGUAUAUGGUGAGCGUGAUAGAGGUUGUUAUUAUCGUAACGGAAGAUAUGAAAGGAAAGUCUCACCAAUGAUGAGUCCCAUUAUCUCUCCGGUAACCGCCUAA